UUGCCAGUUUAUUUAUAUUUUGAAAAUUUUACCUAUUUGGCAAUAAUCACAGAUGAAUGUCAAAAAGAUAAAUAAGAUUUCUUUUUAUUUUUAAAUGCUAUAAAAUAAUUAUAUCUCAGCUUUCGGCUUAGUUUAAGUUAAACGAAGAUGCUAAGGUUCAGCGGAUCAAUAUCUUGGAGGUUAGGUAUCAGGGCAAUCAUAAGAAAGCAGUCGACUACGAACGCUGCCGCCGUAAAAACUGACAAAAUCGAGGACACUAAGAAUGUUCAAGGAAAAAUACCCAUUGCGGAAACGUUUAAGGAUACUUCAGGCCUCGUAGCCGCUGCAUUUGCUCACUUGAACUCUGAAAGUGAAAUUACAACAACUAAGAAACCAAGUCCAAAAUCAGCUAAGAUAAGUCGCCACCAACAGCUCGAGAAUCAAAUUUCCAAAGCUGCUGAUGUGAAUUCUCUGCUCCUUGUUGCUGAAAAUCCUGUUGUGUCUCGAAGACAUGCUUUGAAGAUGGUUUCUAUCUUAUCAGAAUGGUCGAGCACUAACAAAGUGAAUUUGAAUGAAUUCGAGAAAGACCCACGUUUUUUAAAGCUAUGUAGAAUUCUGGCUAGGACCUCAACUACUCAUGCGAUGAGUUCCUUGACAAUGGCAGAGGAUCUGAGCACAGUUCUAGGAAUAACUGGUGAUGAUGAGGCAGCCCGUCUGAUUUCAAAUUUGACGCUGUCACAAAUGAUAAAGGUAAUGAAGGCAUUGCAGCAGAAGGGACGUCGCAGCACACCAUUACUGCGUGCUCUUUCUCACAACAUAACAAGUCAGGCAGAGGUCAUUGAUCUCAAGAAAUCAGCUGAUUUACUAUUUUCUAUGGCUAGCUUAAACUUUCCUGACCCUCUGCUACUGGACAGGAUAUGCAAUGACGUAAUAGAUAGCUUACCGAAGAACGAAGACAAGCCGGCCGUAGUGAAUUCGAUAAUUGUGUCCCUGGGCCUCAUGAAGUACAGACACGAGCCGGCGCUGAACGCCAUAACGGAGUGGAUGAUGGACCACAGCAGCGUCUGCCGCUCCAGCGACGUGGCUUCGGCCGUCGUCACGCUGGCCACCUUAAACUACGUGCCGCCCGGAUCCGAAGCUCUGUUUGAGAUGGCGCGCUCUCUUAAGGAGGAGGAGGUCGUGAAGCCGUCCACGUGGCUGGACUUGGUCUUCUCGCUCCUCAUUCUCGACAAAGCGGAUCAUCAUCACCUGGUAUCGACUUUACGACCGGAAUUCAUCGAUAAACUGCUCACGACUGGCGACAUCCCGAUCCCUUGUCGCCGGAAGCUGAUGAUGAUAGACGCAUAUAUCCAGCUGACGAGGCAGUCUUCCGUCCGCCUCCCCGACGACGUCCGCGAGGGCGUGCCGCUUGUCUACAACAAGGAGAAGGCGCUCUUCAUUCACGCCGUGCUCGAAACAUUCAGGAGUCUGGUCUCUUCUACCAACUUCCUAAAGAAGGACUGCAAUUCGAACAUGGGCUUCUUGUACGAUGCGGAAUUCGCUGUGGACGCCAAGUGUCACCCCGUGCCUCUGGACAAAGCCGCCGGUGAUAAAAGCGUGUACAGGAUAGCAGUGAUGGCGUUGGACUACCACGACAUGAGCAGAAGGACGAUAGCGCCACUGGGCACCAGCGAACUGGGCGCGCGGCUGUUGCGGCUCAAGGGCUAUAGAGUAAUACAGAUCCAUUACACGGACUUCGAUCCUAAAGACAAACUGGUGACGAGGGUGCAGUACAUAGAGAAAUUACUCAAGGAAGCUGUGAAUAAUAAAAACAAUUAGUUUAUCUUUAUUAAAUUUUAAAUUGUGUAUUUCGCCAGUGCUCUGAAGUCUACAACAUGUUUAUUAUCUUUGUUCAAACCAAACGAAUGCAGAGUGGUAAUUAGAACUUCAUGCUCUUUUUCCAUAUUAAUGACCAUUCAGAUAAAAAUGGCUUUAUUUAUUUAUUGUAUAAAAUAAUAUUAUUACAAAGUCAGCCUUAAAAAAAUCAACAAUUCGUACACUAGAUAGUUAGUAUUAAAAAAAAUAGCCGCGUACAAUGUGCACAGAGUAUACACGCUAUUAAAAAAAAUCAUGAAUGUUGCCAGGUAUUAAAAAAAAAUUUUGCUAAAUUGUGAAGCGUAUUCUGUCAUAUUUUUAAAUUAACAGUAAUCUGUAUAGUUUGUUUUUUUGUGGCACUUUAUUGAGUUUUUAGUUUAAAUUAUCAUUCAGAUGUAACUGGAUUGAUUUGUGAAUGUUUUGGUGGAUUUGUGAAUAGAAUUUGUGAUUUGUAGAACGACAAAACUGAAUCGUUGUUUUCGGUCUAGUGAUGUAGCGAAGUGUUCACAAACUCUGAGCUGUGCUGAAAAUUUUUUGGCACGAUAAAAUUUAAAAACACUUGGAGCGUUAAGAAAGAACUGUUUUUAAUAUACAGUCUAAUAUCAAUCGUUUUUGUUUUCGAAAAUUAUUUUUUCAAUACUGGUGGUGUCUACCGCUACUAUUGAUAACGCAAAUCAUAACGGUAAAUCAACCCGAUAAUGGUUACGCCAUGUAAAACUUUUAUUAGACUUCAAAUAAGUUUUUAUUUUUUAUUCCUUAGAUGGCUGGACGAGGUCACAGCCCACUUGAUGUGGUCACAUGCCCACAUGAGUUCUAAGGUCUCAGUUUUUUUCAGUACAACGGCUGCCCCAUCCUUCAAACCGAAACGCAUUACUGCUUCACGACAGAAAUAGGCAGGGCGGUGGUACCUACUCGAGCGCUAUGACAUGUCCUUCUUCAAACGAGGCUUGUGGGGAGUACUAAACGGUAGGCAGCGGCUUGGCUCUGCCCCUGGUGUUGCUGACGUCCAUGAGCGACGGUAACUACUCACCAUCAGGUGGGCUGUAUGCUCGUCUGCUUGUACGGCAAAAAAAACCUACCCGCGCGGGCUCACAAGACGUUCUAGAUUUUUCCAAAAAUAUAGAAACAACUUAUCUGUUGUACCGAUUCAAAGGUCUUCCUCUGGUCGUUUAUUAUCGUCUGCAUUACAUGUCCUUGAAUGUGUUAAAUAUAAAGAACAAUAAAAAUUUCAUUGGAACUAAUUAAAAACGAAACUUCAGUGUACAACAAAUUCAAUACCAGCUGACUUGACAGUCUCGCUUGGGCGAGUGCGGUUAUUGACCCCAAGAUUUGUAUGCUUUAUAUUGCGCGGACCUGGCAUUAAUAAAGCUACGAGUUUUGAUUGGCUUGGCAAAUGAAUAUAUCUGUGGUGCAGUAAUUAGCUCCCGACACUUGCGCGGAGGGUCGUGGGUUCGUUUCCCACAUCGGACAAAUAUUCGUGUUAUGAACAGGUUUGUUUACACACAGGCAACACAGGUAAACACACAGACACACAGGUAAACACACAGACACAUAGGUAAACACGCAGACAAAGAGUCUGUGCGUUUACUAUGUAUACAUGUAUAUAUUUAAACGUAUAUAAGUAUGUAUGUCACUCAAAGGUACCCAUAACACAGGGCAUCCUAAAUUGGUACCGGAUGACCUAGCGUGAUGUGUUGACAGUUUUAUAUAUUUUUUUAUAGCUCCCAUCACGCUUCAAACACUUUUGUAAAUCACUGAUUUAUUAGUCGCGUAUAUUCAAUACAAACGGACUCCCUCUAAUUCCGGGGCAAAUUAAAAGGCUAAAUAUUUUUCCUAUAAAUUAAUUAUUUAAUACUAGGAUUCAUUCCGGUGGUAGGCGCUCAUCGAAAUCCUUCGCGAUUUUUUUUUUGUUUUUUUUUGUUGCCCUUGUAGGCAAACGAGCUUACGGCCUACCUGAUGGUGAGUGGUUACUGUCACCCAUGGACUUCAGCAAUGCCAGGGGCAGAGCCAAGCCGCUGCCUACCGCUUAAUACUCUCCACAAGCCUCGUUUGAAGAAGGACAUGUCAUAGCGCUCGGGAAACACCGUGGAGGGGAGCUCAUUGGAUGAACUCUACUCCGGUGGUGGGCGAUGAGAUGGUAAAAACGAGAUGCCGGUAUCAUCUCGAACAAUUCCUCAGAGCACUCCCCAUGGAACAUACAUAAGUCGAUAUCUCGAUUGUAUUCGUUCAACGAUUAUUAUAUCCUGGGAACUGUGUGUUUGUUUAUUGGUAAAUAUAUACCGCAAGACCGGUUAAACGUCAUCAUCAUCAUUAUCCUGGCCUUCUCCCAGUCACUUGGGGUCGGCACCAUAUGUUUUCUCCUUCCACACUCCUCUAUCAUAAUAUACAAUUUCUUCGCUCACUCCCAUCUUACCCAUAUCGUCUUUCACGCAAUCCAUCCAUUUCUUCUUAGGUCUAUUUCUUCCUCUAAAGCCUUCCACAUUCAUAGUUAAAACUCUCUUAACAACACCGGUUAAACAUGUUAAAUUAUAUAGAUUGCAAUAUGCCUAAUUGAACCUCUUCAAGGUGGGUAUUCCAGUAGGGGCAAUUGCUUAUGUUAUCUGCAAAUAUUUACCAAGCGAGUACUUACAUUUUGGAACAUAAAAUACACAUUAUUAGUUUAAGAAUAAAGCUUAUUAUCGCGUAUUAGUAUUAGCUAUAGAAAUAAAUCGUUGUCUAUACUAAUGUCGAUAUGACGUCAAAAAACCAAUGGCUCGGCAGAGUUCAGACGUAUCGAAUGACACUUUUUUGUUUAAAUACGAAUAGUUAUGAGAAAUUCGAUAAACAUACCUACCUGUAUACUGAGAAUCACGGUUUUCACAUUUUCCCGUUAUUGGGUUAAAAACUACGGGCUGGCAACCUCUAGCAGUGACCGUUUUGAAUAACAUGACGGUUAUGCUGAAGUAAAAUUCAAGGUUUGACAUUAUUAAACACUAGCGACCCGCCCUCGCUUCGCUUCGGAAACAUUAAAACACACAAACCAAAAAAAUAAAAUAAAAAAAAUUAAAAAAAAGUAGCCUAUGUUCAUCAGGGACAAUGUCGGCUUCUAAUGGAAAAAGAGUUUUUCAAAUCGGUCCAGUAGUUUCGGAGCCUAUUCGAAACAAACAAACAAACAAAUCUUUCCUCUUUAUAAUAUUAAGUAUAGAUUUUUAUUGCCUAUGAAAUCUCCUUGAAGUGAGAAGACGCUCGCGGUCUUCAGCAAAGAGUUACACAGUCAAGCCGAUUCCUACUGAUAUAAUAUAUCCUUAUUUGCUUUUGUAUUAAUGAACUUGCUACCUUCAAUAUAUCAUGUAAUAGUUUUUGUUGUAAGCCGAAGUCGAAGUAAACCUUAAUAACGUUGGCAACAUCUAGGUGUGUAUCGACUUUUUGGCAGAAAUAUUAAAAGGGAGUUUAUAGUGAAUUGUUAAGUUAGUGUUCCGUAAUGUUCAAAUGUUUAAUAAUGGUGAUUAACUUUUUACUAUUUAUGGGAGAACUCGAGCUGGGAGAAAUUAGUGGAAGUUGCUUUGCGAGUAAGGAAAUUCCUGCUAAAAGGUCGAAGAACUAAUAACCGUAAAACAAACUAUGAAAACAAAAACGUUUUACUAUAUAUGUCUUGUACAGUGUUGUUAAUAUUAUUUUUAAAUAAAUUCAUUUGUAUGUACUGAUUA